UAUGUAAAAUCAAAGAUGGCAGCGCUCUUGUCGAAUUGUGUUCGGGGAUGUUGCAGAAUUUCACGAGGAAGAAAACCAAAUUUAAGAAGGUUCUCGACAACACAACACAGACUUAAAGAUGAGGACACUCCAUUGAGUGAACCGCUGCCAGAAUUUCCUCAGCUGAAAUACGCCACUGCAUCACCAGAAACAUAUGACACCCCAGUCACAACCCUGGAGAACGGACUCAGGGUGGCAUCACAGAAAGUGUUUGGACAUUUUUGUACACUAGGAGUUUUGAUUGAUUCUGGCAGUAGAUAUGAAGUAGCCUAUCCCAGUGGUAUUUCACAUUUUAUCGAAAAAUUAGGAUUUUGUUCAACGACGAAAUACAGGAGCAAUGAUGAGAUAUUACAGGUUUUAGAACAAUAUGGCGGAGUCUGCGAUUGUCAGUCGUCAAGGGAUGCUCUUAUAUAUGCAAUGUCAAUUGAAACAGAAGGCUUAGAGAAGGGACUAGAUAUUUUGUCAGAAGUGGCAAUGAGACCAGUCAUCACAGAUGAACAGAUUGACUAUUGUAAAAUGGCAGUAGCAUUUGAUCUUGAAAACAUUGAAAGCAGUCCACAGCCAGACGUACUCAUGACAGAAUUAAUACAUGCUGCUGCUUAUCGAGACAACACAUUGGGUCUUCCAAAAAUUUGUCCCAAAGAAAACAUAGACAAAAUAGACAAAGAGACACUGUAUACAUUUAUGAACAAUUUCCACGACCCCUCCAGAAUGGUUCUUUGUGGGGUGGGGGUGGAACAUGACCGGUUAGUGGAGCUUGCCAGGGAACUCUUUGUUAAGAAGACACCCCUCUGGAAAGAGGAUCCAUCCCUGGUAGAUCACAGUAAAUCAGUGGAUCAUUCUGUAGCUCAGUACACAGGAGGAAAAAUGUUGAUUGAUAAAGACCUGUCCAGUGUGAGUAAGGGACCUAAUCCAUUCCCCGAGCUGGCCCACUUAGUGCUGGGAUUAGAGAGCUGUUCUCACAAGGAUGACGACUUUAUAGCUUUCUGUGUCCUUAACAUGAUGCUGGGGGGAGGGAAUGCUUUCUCUGCUGGGGGACCAGGGAAGGGGAUGUAUACCAGACUCUAUACCAAUGUACUGAACAGACACCACUGGAUGUUUGGUUGUGUUGCCAUGAACCACGUGUAUGAUGACUCAGGGGUCUUCUGUAUUAUGGCUAGUUCUCAUCCUAACCAGUUGGAUGACUUAGCAAUAGUAGUUUUAUCAGAGUUUCUAAGGACUCCAGAAGAAAUAAGCAAGGAGGAAUUAGAUCGUGCCAAGAAGCAGCUGCAGUCCCUGCUGAUGUACAACCUGGAGUCUCGUCCUAUGAUGUUUGAGGACGUCGGGAGACAGGUGCUGAGUCGGGGAUUCAGAAAUCCAGCUCAGUUCUACCUGGAAGAAAUUGAGAAGGUAACAAGAGAAGACCUACAGCGUGUAGCCAAGAGAAUGCUUCGUUCUAAACCAGCGGUAGCCGCUUAUGGGACAUUAGACAAACUGCCACCCUAUGAGAGAUUUCAGGAGAUUCUUGCCAAUGGAGCCAUAAUGAAAAACAAGAGAAGAUUUGCAUCUUUCUUCAAAUAAGUUUUAAAUACAGUGAACUUCCUACAAAAACAUAUACAGUGCUUAUUAUAGGACAAACAUGCUUCAUACAUUGUUGGAGGAGUUCGAUUUUCUACUCCAGUAUUUUAGCUGUGUUACAUUGUAAUUGUUAUAGACAUGUUCAUACCAUGACGUGAUAUAUUUGGUAGAUAAUACAUACAUGUAACAAAACACAGCUGAUCACAUGGUUUUUGUGUCAUGUUUACAUUCGAGUGUUGA